AUGUUCAUCAGCUCCAAAGUCAUCGCGGCCCUGAUGGGCGCCUCCAUGGUCAACGCCCACAUGAUCAUGAGCAGCCCCACCCCUUUCAGCAAGGACACUCUCAACAACUCGCCUCUGCUAGAAGACGGCAGUGACUUCCCAUGCAAGCUCCGCGACAACGCCUUCGAGGCCCCCUCCACUGAGACAACCAUCGCCAUUGGCGAGUCCUACCCUCUCACCUUCAUCGGCAGCGCCACUCACGGCGGCGGCUCCUGCCAGAUCAGUCUGACCACCGACCUGCAACCCUCCAAGUCCUCCCAAUGGAAAGUCAUCAAGUCCUUCGAGGGUGGCUGCCCUGCCAAUGUCGACGGUAACAUUCCUGGCGGCCCCGACCUCAUCGAUCCCCACUCUUUCAACUUCACCAUUCCCGACGGUAUCUCCGCUGGCAAAUACACCCUGGCCUGGACCUGGUUCAACCGCAUUGGAAAUCGCGAGAUGUACAUGAACUGUGCCCCAAUCACUGUCUCGGGUGGCUCCUCUAAGCGCUCCCCCGAGGAACUCGAGAGACGCGCUACUAGCUUCCCUCCCAUGUUCGUCGCGAACAUCAAUGGCUGCUUGACACAGGAAAGUGUCGAUAUCCGCUUCCCCCAGCCUGGUGACUAUGUCGAGCAUGACGGAGAACCCACCAACCUCGCCAGUGAGGGCUCCGAGGCUUGCAUCGGUACUGCUAGGUUCGGCGGCUCUGGUGAUACUUCCUCGGGCUCUGCCAGCUCUGGCUCAGACACUGGGUCCAGCUCAUCUGGUUCGGCUUCCACUGGCUCUGCUUCUUCUGACUCUUCCUCUGCCCCCGCAGAGAGCGCCCCUGUCGCUGCUGCCUCUGCGGCCCCAGGGCCAGCUGCUGCUCCAUCAAACCCACCCGCUGAGCCCGUGUCUGAGCCUGAGCGCGCGUCCACCACUGCUGCCCCAGCUUCCGUGACAACCUCUUCGGCCACCGAUUUGGGUUCUGACUCUAGCUCCAGCUCCGGUACCCUGACGGGUAGCUGCAGUACCGAGGGCCAGUGGAACUGCAUCGCAGGCACCUCCUUCCAGCGCUGUGCUUCUGGCACCUGGUCCGUCGCUCAGCCGAUGUCGACCGGCACCCAGUGUAACGCUGGUAAGAGCGAGGAGCUUGUUGUCAGUGCCACUAAGAAGGCGCGUCAUAUCUCAAGCAUGCGCUUCCGCAAGCGCACCCUCAGUGGUCACCACAUCCACCUUAGUUAG